AGUCAGCGCAUAGAACGGGAUUGUUCGAGAAAUUGCGCGAAAGUUGGGGCGAUUUCCAGUCUCUCGUGCGCCAGAGUUCUACACUAGGAGUAGAAGACAUUGAGUAGAGGUCCAACGGAAACUCGGAGAAGUAACAAAGGCGCAGGAAGGAAUGCUGGGACGUUUCUUCACUGGAAUCUUCCCGUCCUCGGUCUGCGAGUCCUGCGGCGCGCCAACUACACCGGAACCGGUCACCGAAAGACCCGAGCUCUACUGGGUCGACAGCUUGCGCCGUUUGUUCGACCUCGCGAACUCCGCCGGUCAAGAAGGUUUUGGAACUCAGUGCAUCGAAAAUGUACGGACGAACAUGGUCGAAUGCGAUCUGCGGCAGUUCCUGAAUAUCAGACCCGAGAACAUCACCAUCGAUGUUGAUGGCCACCACGUUUCCCUCCGAGGCCAACAGGAGGAUAAGUCAAGCGAUGGCAGCAGCAGCUCCACGCAAAUGGUGCAGUCGAUGUUCACCUUGCCCGCAUCAGCUGAUGUGAGCAAACUCUCAGCGCACUACACGUCUCAUGGACACCUUGUGCUGAAAGCCCCGAUGCUGACCCCACCCACAGCGAAUAAGAGCCGACCGGGGGUGGUUCCCAUCCAGAUCAAUCGGCACCGACUCAUCGAGGACAAAGAUUGAAGUCCCUCGUUGAGCUCCUUGUGGAUUAGAGGAUUUCUGUUGGACCAGGAGUCAUGACCAGGAGUCGGAGUCGUAGUUCGGAAAUCGACGUUGAACGCCGACGAGAUAUAGCUCCUCCAUGAGCAGCUUCGGCUGACCCGUCGACCAUCAGGCGAAGGAUGUAGUUUGAAUUGUGUAUGGGAAUAAAACCAGUGAUCUAGUUG